GUGAAAACAGAUCGUCUCGUAACUCAGCGGGUUGUUCAGUUUUUAUGUUUGUCGGUUAGUCAUGACAUGGUUUAUUUUUCUCUUUUUCUGCUGACAUUUAUGGGAAAUAUAACCUAGUGAAACAUUAUCAUAUCAAAGUGGGGUGGAUUUUGCAAUAUGGAUAUAUUAUUAUCGAUUACAAUUGAGAAGACUCCAUUCGGAUUUGGAUUCUCGUUAAAGGAUGAAGGUGAACCGUACGAUUCUACAGCACUUGUAAAUAAAGUUGCACGUGGUAGUUCAGCAGAAGCAUCUGGCUUACGAAAAGGCGACAGAAUUGUUACAAUCAAUCGAAAACCUGUAAAGUCGAUGACUUUCCUGGAAGUUUCCAAUUUCCUUCGAAGUAACAGUGAUCAAAGUAUUGAACUGACAAUAUUGCACAGAACCCAAAAUCGUGAUAGUAGAGAUAGUGAACUAUCGGACUAUAAAAUACUUACUUCAUCAAAUACAGUUAAUGGUACUGAAAGAGUUUCCUUAGACGACUCAAUCUGUUCGUCUACACGUCCUACCGGUGAUAUAACUGAAGAAGUAAACAUGUCAUCUGUUCCCUCUUCAGUCGUUUCUAUCACUUAUAAAACUGAUCAAGACUAUCCGUCUGACAAACCGCUACCGAAACCGAGAACUACAAGUCGACAACAGUUUAAUAUUAAAGAAAUUGAAAAUUUGGACAUAUCGAAUAAGAAUCUGUUGAAACCAGUUUUAUCACAGCUUCAAGAAUCUCAACCUUAUGAACCUACUCAUUUUUCAUCAACGAGCACAUUUUUCUCAAGCAACCACUUUUCUAACGAAGGUCGUAAAGAAAAUACAAUUCCUCUCAGUUCAGUUCAAUUACGUCACAUUCCUUCACCUAAAGAUGAUGUUACACAGACGGCAACCAAGACAACUAGUCGAAAUGUCAAAUUAUCCGAUACAGUCCAUGACAGGUCUAUUCAUAAAACUGGAUCUGAAUGUAUUCGAAUCAUUCGAAAGCAUACAAUCGAUUCUUUUGUCACAGAGAAUGCACAUACCGAUACACAACCAGUUAGAUUUAUUCGUAAACGUGCCUAUGCUUCUGCUCGUCAUCCUGGUCGUUAUGAUCAAGUGAAUUCAUUGACCUCCUCUAAUGCUGCUACUAACGACACUGGUUUGCCUACAACUCCGUUAUCCAGAAGUAAUAAUAGUAAUAGUAAUACCAAUACAUCACCAUGCCAAUUGUUGCCUGCACAGAAAACACCAAUUAGUAGUAGUACUUAUAAUACUGAACCAAAAAUAAUUCACUUACCACGUCGUCGAAGCUCUGGUGGACAAACGUUACAACAGAAAAUUCAUGUAGAUAAAUCACUGAUUCAUAAUGAUAAUUGUCAAGAAUCACAAGCCAAUCGUAAUAUGGAAAUGUCUAGAAAAGUUGUUCCAGAUGAUGUACAUGAAUUGAAUGCCCCACAUUCAUCAACUAAAGAGAACUCGUCUGUUGGUUUCAAUCGCAUAUGUACUGGAAAACCCAUUCAUACUGCUGCCGUUCAAGCUUCCAGUAAAUCCAGUUUAUUAAGUUCACGUCUUUGGGCAUCAUUUGAUCAAGAUCAAAAUGAAUCUGUCUCAGAGUUGUGGACACGCGCAGGGGAAGUUUAUCAUAUGCUUGAAUUGGAAAGUCAGCGUUUAGCCAGUAAGAAAGCAGCAGCAGCUACCGCUAACAUUCGUCGUUAUCCUGGUGGCUUUAAUGACUCUCAUCAGAUGGCUUAUUCUUUCGAUAGCGGUGAAAUAAGUACAAUGAGGAACACAGAGUUUUCUUCACAACUGCCUUCUUAUUCAACUCCUGUAACCAACUGUGCUAACGAUGUGUUGUCAAUAAAAACUGGUCGUUACGGCUCACACUGUACGGAUUGUAAUCAUGAACAUACGAAUCGUAUUGGGACUACUACUAGUACCAUGAAUUCAACAACAAAACGCCUACAGUUUCGUGCCUUGUGCCCUGGUAUUCGAUCACAUCGUUCAGAAUUGAACAUCCUAUGCGAUAUGUCUGGAUCAUUUUUGUCGCGUCAAUGUUUUUGUAAAAUUCUUGCUAUCAAUGGUUCUGAUAACAAAUCCUACGCAUGGAAACCGUACUACAUGUGUGUUUCGGGUUCAGAAGUGAAGUUUAUCAAGGCAUCGUGGGCAUUCUAUGGGGCUGGACGAACAUCGAAAGCUUCGAAAAAUAUCAAUGAUAUCGUCUGUCUGAGGAAUAACAGUAUGAACAGUCUCCUAGAUUGUUUUUCCAAAACGUUAGAUUUAGCUAAAUCAGAGGAUGGAUUGAAUGAUGACUCCAUUUCAUAUCAUUAUCCAUCGAACGCUGAAACUGACUGUUCAUCGAAUACUUCGAAUGCUGGCAAAUCAUGCGUAUCAGUCGGCUCUAGUGCAUCCUGCAUAGUUCUCCCUAUACCUGGUCUUAUAUGGCGCUCAGAACCAUUGCCAACAAAUUUCCCACAUUGGUCACCACUUGGUCCCACUUCAUCAAAUCAGGUAUUAAACUCACGUCCAAAUACUGGUGGGAGUAAUACUUUAAAUCCCGAUUGGAUGGAUCCUCGCGUUUCCGGUUUAUCUCAACCUUCACAACAAAUUUUAUCUGAUUAUCAUGAUUGUUAUAAUUUGCCAAAUACAACAGACUUUCACAAUAAUAUUAUAACAGAUGAUGAGGAUAGUCGAUCGAAGUUCCGUUGUUUUCGUUUCGCACAUAUAACAGCUGGUGUUGAAUUACUGUUUGUAUUUCCUGAUGAUAAUGCAGCUAUUACUUGCUUGAAAAUGUGUCAGCUCUCUGGUGGACGUGACUGUAGUAGCGUUAAACAGCUAGAACCGUUUGAUCGUCAAAAUUCAUACAUGUUUUCUACAUAUCAAAAGAAAUCCUUCAAUCCAUAUGGUUUAAUUUUCUUAAAACCAUCCACUCACAUAUCAUUAUCUGAAAUCCCGGUCAAAUCAAGUCAUUCGCAUAGUUUUUCAAUGAAAGGAAACAAGUAUGGUAUGCCACUUGUAGUUAAUUCUGCUGAUGCUGAUGCUGCUGAUGAUGAUAAUGAUGAUGACGACGAUGACAUAAAAAGAAAUGUUUUUGUUGAACCUGCUGUUUCACGUUCAACACUUGAUAGUCCUUUCAUAAAUACACUUGGACCAUAUUGUCUACCAAAGGAUAAACGUCAUCGGCGUUUCAUUAUCAAUCGUAUACAUAUGAAUCAAGAGUUGAAUCGUGGUAAUAGUGAUGAUGGAACUUCAGUCAAGAAUCCCUGUGUAAAAUCGAAUAAAUAUGAAGAUGGGAAGAAGUUCUGGACACGUCGAGACAAAGAAUAUUUAGAUGCGAUUCGAUCAGACAAUGUCGAGUCAACGUCAAUCUAUGUUGCCAGCGCUAAUAACAAUUACAGGAAUACUACUACUACUGCUGUUAUUAAUAACAACAAUAUUAACUCAGUUGUUCCAUCACACAUAUCUGAAUUAACUACGACUGGCGUUGAUGAUAAAUCACACUCAACCAAUUCGAUUCGUUCCAAUAAAAUUCUACGUGGAUUUAAACAAUGGUUAAAUCGUCCAAUUGGUCUGAAUACUGUUAACUCGAAUAAUUUAUCAACAAACAGUCAUAACAAUAAUAUUAGUGUUAAUACUACAAAUACUGUAAUCAACUUCACUGGUGUUGCUAGCAGUUUUGGCAAUAACAUAAACAAAACUAUCAGUCAUAAUGGUGUAAAUAUUAACAAUAAUCCUAUAGAAUUAUCUUCCACAGAUUUUUCUCAGUCAGAAUCUCCAAAUAAUGAACAUCGACUUGCCUCACUUACGGUUGAUCCUGCAAAUUUGGCUGAUUUAGAUAAUCCUGGUCCGGUAUUUGGGGCUCCUUUGGAAUUACAACUAGAAAGUCCUGAUUACCCAUGUGUCCCUGUUCUAUUACAAGCUAUUGUUGUUGCUUUGGAAAUACAUGGAUUGAAUUUACCCGGAUUGUAUAGAAAACCUGGUAGACAUCGUACUAUUUCACAGUUUGUCUCCUUUGUCAAUAUGCAUCCUGAAGAUGUGGAUUUUAUCUUUGGAUUGGACGCUUGGCGAGAACCGAAUGCGCUAUGUGGUUUAUUUAAACAUUUCCUACGUCGAUUACCGGUUGGAUUAUUUUGUUUAUCCUCUUGGGAACCACUUUUCUGUCUGGUUCCAGAGAUGACAACCUCUUCUGAUGUUCGACAGUUGGCCUAUUUACUUCUCUGUAUACGUGUUCAGUUGAAGAAGAUUGCACUGGAAGCUUUUGGUCUUCCAACAAUGAAUACAAUGCCUGUGGAUGUACAAUAUUGUCUUUCAGUUCCAACAGACGGUUGUGUUAAUCUACGCGGACUGAAUUCAACAAGUGGUGGGGACACGUCUAAACUAUCGAUAUCCCACCAAUAUCCCCUCAAACUCUUUUCCAUUGCAAACAACCAAUUUCCUAUAAUGUCGCUAUCCAAUCAAAAGAUGAUUCUUUUUUAAAUAUGAAAAAGAAUAAGGAUUUUAAUACCUCUAAGAGAUCAUUUUGUGCUUGGCGUUGGGCUACAUUAUGCUAUCUAGUGGAUCAUAUAACACGGGUUGUAGCACAUGUACACCGUAAUGCAGUGACUUAUCAAUGCAUUGCUAUUUGCUUUGGUCCUGUGUUCUUUGGUAAUUCAUCAAAACUACCGAAAUUAAAUGAGGUCCUUGAAUGUCUAUUUCAACAUUGGGACUGGCUUAUAGAAGGUUUACCAAUGAUUACAAAGAACAAUGUAGAACAUGUCGAUAAUGGUACACUUUUGUAUACAAUGAACGAUGAUGAACCAACUUUGUCUGAUGCUAUUACCUAUUUAACAAAUCAGUUUAAUUCAUAUAACAAGUCUUCAUCUUCUGGCUCAGAAAGUAUUGGUCAGCGGCAGGAAUUACUGAAUACAAAUUCAUCUUAUCAGUUAACAAGCAAACCUACUAAUCGUAUGCUUGUUCAACAGUCCUCUCUAUCGGAACAAGAGCAGAUGAAUUGUGAUCUUGACUCAAAUGUAGAGAGAUUCGAUAAUGAGGAUGAAUUGAUUAAUGAAGUUGUCAAACAAGUUAAAGCCUUAUGGUCAGCAGCGUUGGAUAAGGUGAAACAAGCCAACCGACUGCCUGUUUCCAAAGAGAAAUCUUACAUGUAAGUCAACAGACACUUUGGAAAUGCUUACUUAAGAGUAUGUCGUUUAUAGUUCACCUUUUCAUUAAGUAGAUUUCUUGACCACCGAAGACAACAACGAAGAAGCUGGUAAACUGAGUGAUCUCAUGGUCAUCUAGUUAAUUUUAUGGUGUCUUUUCCAUCUUGUUUGAUUGAAAACCAGCCUUGAAAUUCCCUAUAUUUUCCUUAAUAGCUACUGUUAUAUGAGUGUAGCAAAACAUGACUGUUCCCCUUGUGAACUGUUUAGUUAGAUUUCUCAGGUUGUAGAAUAC